CUGUUCACUCUGUCACUAACUACCCGCUAUCGUUCCCAAAGCAGCCCGCCACCGUGGCGUCGCACCGCCUUUUCCCCCUCUCAGUGGAGCGGACGAUCGCGCCGCGCGUACCGCUGAACACGUGGCGAGUCUGUUCUGCGCGAUCUACGCCGUGCUUCCCGAGCUCCUUCUUACACUACCUCCCUAGGACCGUCCUCGCACCGCCGUCCGAUCUUCUCAAGCCGUCAGAAAUUUCAUUUUAUAGGAAAGGGAAGCCGCUGCGAAGGUUCUUCGGGAUUAGUCCAUCCGUCGAAGCGCAACUGGCGCCCUUUAGAUUCCAUAGCUCCGCCGCGUCCCGGCUUACCUUGGCUUACCCUCUCACGCGCGACUGCGGUGGAUCGACGGGAUUAGACCGGAUCGUUAGGGUUAGCUCCUUUCCUGAAGGAGUGAGAUCGAUUAAGUGUGCUGCUGCGAAAGACAGUGGAGGGAGAGAGGCACGGGCGAGGGCUGUAGCAGGAAGGGAGGUGCUGACCGGAGCAGCCUUUACUGGAGCGGGUGGAGUGACUCAAUAUCGCAGAUUUGCCUCCGUUCAAGGGAGCCUAUCGCGUGGGUCGACGAUUGCGAGAUCAGCGCCGACGUCAGCGACGGCUGUACCGCCAGAUUCAAGCCUGGACGCAGCUGACGCUGCGCUACUGAAAUCCACGUCAGCAGAAGCAACUGCCACGUCAGCAGGAGCUUCUGCAGGAGAAGCGGCCGAGUCAGCAGAGCCACCGAAAAGCCCCCUGCGUGUGGUGUCCCCCAUGGCGUUCGGCGAGCCCGAGGCAGUGCGGGUGACGGGGGAGGUGUCGCUGAGCGACGACGAGCGACACCUGUUCAGCACCCUGCGAGAGAUUGUGGCGCACUAUGGACUGGGCACGCAGCUGCGGGUGGCGGGGGGGUGGGUGAGAGACAAGCUGAUCGGCCAUGACUGCAUUGACAUCGACAUCGCCCUGGACAACAUGUUGGGGAGGCAGUUUGCGGAGAAGGUCACGGAGUAUCUCAAGGACCGGGGGGAGACUGUGCGGGGCGUGGGGGUCAUUCAGAAGAACCCCGAGCAGUCGAAGCACCUGGAGACGGCAACCAUGAUGAUCCAUGGCAUCUGGAUCGACCUGGUCAACCUGCGGGCCGAGGAGUACACGCACGACUCCAGAAUACCCACCGCCAUUGAGUUUGGCACAGCAGAGGAGGAUGCGCUGAGAAGAGACCUCACGAUUAACAGCAUGUUCUACAACAUCACCACGGAGCACGUCGAGGACCCCACCGGCAGAGGAAUUUCCGACCUCAAGGGUGGUAUCAUCCGCACGCCUCUCCCUCCCCACCAGACCUUCCUAGACGAUCCUCUCAGAGUGCUCCGUGCUGUCAGGUUCGCUGCCCGAUUCGGCUUCUCAUUGGACGAGGAAUUGCGGUCAGCAGCAGCUUCGGAGGAGGUCCGGGCAGCGUUGGGAAACAAAGUCAGCAAAGAAAGGAUCGGGAAGGAGGUCGAGCUCAUGCUCAAGUCUCGUGACCCCUACGCGGCAAUCGCUCUCAUAGUCGACCUCAACCUCUUCCCCACCGUCUUCCCGCUUCCCCACGCUCCCUCGCACACUGCCGACGUGCCGCCAGACGAUGAGCUCCCAGGCCUCUGUGAAGCAUCAUUCGCUGCUACCUGCACACGCCUGCACCAGUGGAAGAAACAUCUGCCUCAGGCUUUGAAUGAUCACUCGUCUGACUUGACGGUGGGUCUGCUACUGGCGUCUCUGCUGCUGCCGCUGAGGCACGCGCACUACCUUGAUAAGAAGAAGAAAGACGUGCCCUUCGCCCAGCACAUUGUCCUGGACUCCCUCAAGCUCAAGCGCGCUUAUGCUGACAUGGCAGUCCGGGGGGAUAAUGUGGUUCUGCUGCAUGCGGCAGCUGAGGACUUCGCUGCAAUAGCGCCCCUGCUGGUGGCAGCAGCAUCAGCGGGGGGAGAUGCAGCAGCAGCAGCAGCAGCAGCAGCAGCAGCAGGGGGAGGGGGAGAAACAAGAGCCCUUACCCUGAUAUCAGCCCCGCAUGAGGAGUUCCAAGGCAACGCAAGAGUGCUGGCAGGCAAGUUGCUCCGCAAGGUAAAGGCCUGCUGGCCGUCCGCUGUGCUGCUGGCUUCCACUCUGCCGCCCAUUUCACAUGCAGCAAGUGGUGAACAGUGCAUGGGAAAGGCGGAGGAGCAGAGAGAGAGGAAGGAGGAGGAUAGAAAGGGAGAGGAGGGAGAGGAGGGGUGCAAGAGGAGGCGCAUGGAGGGGAGUGAGGGAGGUGCUGUAGAGGAUGGGGGGUGUGGGAGUUGUCAUCAUGAUCAGAGCGAGUUCUAUCUUAAAGUACUCCAAGCAGUGCAUGUCAUGGGUCUGGAUGGUGUGUGGGAUACAAAGCCCAUACUCAAUGGUCGGGAUGUGGUUGCUGCUCUAGCACUCGGGAAAGGCGACUCACGCACAGGAUAUUGGAUGGACCGAGUGAUGGAGUGGCAAUUAGCUCAUUCAGGUAAUGGAUCCAUCGAGGAAUGUAUGGCGUGGUUGAAAGCGCAGGCGCAGGCCGUUGGAGGCGAUGUUAAGAAACUGUAGCUCAGUGAAAGUAAGCUUUGCUGUAAUAAAAAUAUGGAUGAUCCAUUUAGGAAACUGUUAUGGUGCGGCAUGCUGCCGAUGACGAUAUUCUUCAGUGAGCCUUUCGAAGUCCGC